AUGCAGCACUACGGCGUGAACGGGUAUUCCCUCCACGCCAUGAACUCACUGAGCGCCAUGUACAACCUCCAUCAGCAGGCGGCUCAACAGGCCCAGCACGCCCCCGACUACCGUCCGUCUGUCCACGCGCUCACACUCGCUGAGAGGCUGGCCGGCUGUGCAUUUCAAGACAUUAUACUCGAGGCUCGUUACGGCUCUCAGCAUCGUAAGCAGCGGCGGAGUCGCACGGCCUUCACCGCACAGCAGCUCGAGGCUCUGGAGAAAACGUUUCAGAAGACGCACUACCCGGACGUGGUGAUGCGUGAACGGCUGGCCAUGUGCACCAACCUGCCCGAGGCACGAGUCCAGGUGUGGUUCAAGAACCGGCGGGCUAAGUUUCGUAAGAAGCAGCGCAGCCUGCAGAAGGAGCAGCUCCAGAAGCAGAAGGAUGCCUCGCCUGAAGGAACAUUAGGAGCAAGCGAUAAGAUUGACCCUCCUUCCACCGUAAACCUGGAGAACCCGCUUCCCCCUUCGUCCACGUCCUCGUCGUCCUCCAUUGAGGCUGAAGGGCCGUCGGAGCUGAGCGUGGAGCUAAACGUCACGUCGGCGGAGCAGUCAGGGAGCGAGUCGGCCACGGAGGACAACACGACCGACAGGGAAGAAGAGUUAAAGCUUCACCAGGAUGACAUGAAGGUGGACAAGUCUGGGAGUCUGUCUCCUCCCUGUAAACGCCUCAGCCCCAAACCGGAGUCUCCCCUUGGCUCACCGGCGAUCACAUCUGGGGCUAACGGCGUGACCGGAGCCCUUUCUCAGAGCCACUCGUACUCGUCGUCACCGCUGAGCCUCUUCCGUCUCCAGGAGCAGUUCCGUCAGCACAUGGCCGCCACUAACAGCUUGGUGCACUACCCAUCGUUCGACAUGGCCGCGCCGUCCUCCUUGCCCUACCUGGGCAUGAACAUGAGCGUCCCGGCACCGCUGGGUUCGCUGCCCUGCCAGUCGUAUUACCAGUCCCUGUCCCAGCAUGCACAGCAGGUGUGGAGCGGCCCUCUGCUGCAGGCCUCCGCCGCACUGCCUGGCCACAACAGCAAGACAAGCAGCAUCGAGAACCUGCGGCUCCGCGCCAAGCAACACGCUGCCUCGCUCGGCCUCGACACCAUGCCCAACUGA